AUGGGAAAUGUACAGCAGCUUGGCAUUCAGGGAGAGGGAGGAGUCUCGGGCGGAAGAAGGGGCUGGUUUCGGGGCAGCAGCGGAAGCAGCAGCACGGCAAGCAGUAGCAGCAGCAGCAUGAACAGCAGCAGUAGCAGUAUGAGAAAGAACGACAGGAGCAUCGCAGCGUCAGCAUCAUCGCCAGCAGAAAACCCGUGCAAUACGAAAUCAACAGCAACAGCAGCAUCAGAAGAGGCACUGAAGUUAACUUUCGCACCAGAAGCAGCAGCAGCUGCUGCGGCUGCAGCAGCGCCAACGGCAACACCGGCUAGGGAGGCGCUUGUGCCUUUUUCCCCAGAAGAAGGCCGGCGAGAACUGAGUCGUAGAUGGGGAAAUACAACAAUACUUGAAAAGGAGAGGCAGACGUUCCUGCGAGAGGCUUUGGAUGGGAUUGUUUUGGUACUUCCUCUUGAGUAUGCGGACCUUGAUGCGACUGAGUUUCUUUCUGCUGCACACCCCCCCCGUCCGCAGCAGCAACAGUGGCAGCAGCAGCAGCAGCAGCAGCAAGGAGCAUCUCAGCAGGAGGGGCUCGGGGAUGGGCGUAGCUGUGGAAACACUUCUUCUGCGGCCAUCAAAGCUGGACCCAGCAGCAGCAGCAGCAGCAACAGCAAGAACAGCAAAGCCGCUCGACUGCUUUCACGCUUUCCCCCGUCUUUGUUGCAGUACAGAGCAGCAGCUGUCGAUGGAGUUCGAUGGCUCGUUGCCAUUGAAGGAGCUCCAGACACCGCAUACGCAAACGAUCCUUUCCUCCUGAGCUUCAAGUUCUUUCCGAAGUAUCCCAUUGACUCUCCGGAGUUGGUAUUCGUGGCUCCUUUUGUCCCCGUUCACCCCCACGUCUACAGCAACGGACAUAUUUGUCUCUCUAUCCUGUAUGACCAGUGGUCGCCUGCCUUAGGAGUCAAGGCGUGUUGCAUUUCGCUGCUCUCAAUGCUUAGCAGCAACACAGAGAAACAGCCACCAGUGGACGACAGAGUCUACUGCGACUCCAGGGGUUUGCGGGGCCCAAAAGGGGUCAAGUGGCACUUCCACGACGAUACUGUGUAG